AGAUAGGUUUCUCCGUCGUUCUGUGAGAGUAGAAUAAGAAAAGGAUUCCACCUGCACACAAGAGAGGAUGUCUGCCAUACCAGAUGAGAAGAAAGUUGUGUACCCUUUUCUGGGUCGGUCCGGAAUUCGUGUGUCCAAUUUGUGCCUAGGAACUUUGACUUUUGGAGAAAAUAAGCAUUUAGGUUUGCCCGGUCAGUGCACUGAGGAGGACUCCUUCCAGAUUCUGCAGCGCUUCUCCGAGUGGGGAGGAAACUUUAUCGACACUGCCAACGUUUAUGGCAAAGGCAACUCAGAAGCUAUCUUGGGAAAAUGGCUAGAAAGGCAGCCGAGAGACAAGUACGUUAUCGCCACUAAAGUGUUUUUCGAUAUGGGCUGUGAGAACAACGUGAACAACCGAGGAUUGAGUCGUCGACACAUCACUGACUCCGUCGUCAAGAGUCUGGAGCGGCUCCGGACAGACUACAUCGACCUUUAUCAGCCCCAUUUAUGGGACGAUGGGACGCCCGUAGAAGAGAUACUGAGAACCCUAGAUGACCUGGUGCGCUGUGGGAAGAUCCGGUACGCUGGCAUGAACAACGUGACGGGCUGGCAGAUGCAGAAGUUGGUGGAAACAUCUCGGAGACUGGGCUUAAAUCCAUUAGUUAGUCUACAACAACAAUACAAUCUGGCGUGCCGAGAGUCGGAGUAUGAGGCGUUCCAAGUGUGUAAAGCUGAGGGGAUUGCUGUGAUGCCCUGGAGUCCUCUCAAAGGAGGUCUUUUCUCAGGGAAAAUAAAGAGGAACUCUGUACCAACUGAAGGUCGUUUGGGUUGGGUGGCCGAAAAAGAAGAGGGAAGGCAAAGUCAGGCUCUCCCAGGCUAUUCAUCCUUCGAUGAGACUAUCUUCAAAACAUUGGAUGUGGUAGAAGCUAUCGCCAAGAAACACAGUCGCAGCAUGCCCCAGGUUGCUCUCCGCUGGCUGCUUCAAAAAGAUGUGGUGACGUCAGUGAUCAUCGGAGCUCGAACUCUGCAACAACUGGAUGACAACAUGGGCGCUGCCAACGGUUGGGCUUUGUCUCAAGAAGAGAUGCAACAACUUGACGACGUGUCUCAGCGACCUCUGCCCUACCCCUAUGAGUUUGUCUUCCAAAUGAACAAAGACCGCUACAACAGCUCCAUUAGCAAUUACCACGUUCAGUCUCAGUAAACCUUGUAACGCCAAAUUACGGAGCGUUUCUUGGAUGCAGAAAAUGUUGAUAUUUUGUUCAGUCCUGCAAGUUUUAUCCGGAAUGUAUGUAUACAUGAUAAAAUGUCUGCUUGUAUCUUACGAUUCAAUGAAAAUUUGUGACGGUUUCUUUUAUAGACUGAUAAGUUAUUCUGCUUGAAGACAUGAAGAAAUGUUCGGUGUAUAUGGAUUAGUUCCACGGCCUGCAUUGUAGACUGCAUCAGGUUAUGCUCUUACAGGUUUGUUGAGGUAUGUCUAUUGUCCAGGCUACUUCACAAAUGUCAGCGGCGUGUUACAAGUAUGCUGUUAGUUCUUACAAACUUCUGUUAUGUUGAGGUAAAUAUAUACACUCCUGUUCUUAACUCGUAUUUAAUGUUAAUAAAUGGUGCCAUUGUACUCGACUAGUUUCCUGUACAUUUCUUCAUUUUAAAUCCUAAGCAAGUUACCAAAACAGUAAAAAUCUGUUUUAACACUGAA